AUCAAUCAACGAUAUUCCAGUAGUUUCCGUUCCUCUCCAAGGUGAACAUUGACUAUCAGGAGACCAWUSGAAGGUUYGAUCAGAAGAGCUUUGCUAGCCACUGGAGAGGUUSUUGGUACUGUCAGGUUUCAGAUGGAUGUUGUUCUUCUUGUACUGGUGUGUUUGCUCGGACUGAUUCUGGCCCAGCCUGUGCUGAAGCGGCAGAACAGUUUUCGUAGGAUUUCCUACUAUAUCGACCGACUUCCAGGGGAUCGAUGGUACCCUUUGGUGGGCAGUGUUGCGCAACUUCUACGAGCGAAGCGACAAGAUUUGUUUCAAGUGCUGGCCGAUCGGCAUCGUCGACUAGGCCCGAUCUUCCGCAGCUGGUAUGGAAGUCUGCCAAUGGUGCACAUUUACAAGCCCGAACAUGUCGAAGUGAUCUUCAAAAGCAACACCAUUACAAGCAAGGGCAUGUUCUACAGGUUCUUCAUGAUGUGGUUGGGCCAAGGCCUAAUUUCCGGAAGCGGGCCGAGAUGGCGCGCACACCGAAAGAUAAUCACUCCAUCGUUUCACUUCAAAAUCCUCGACUCGUAUGGGGAGAUUUUUGCGGAAAAGGGCGCCUGCCUGGUGAAUUAUCUGCGGAAAUUUGAGGGCAAAGGGUUUGUGGAGAUCACUGAAGACUUGACCAAGAUUGGCCUGGAUGUUAUUACCGAGACAGCCAUGGGAGUGAGACUGGGUUUCCUGGAAGGCAGCAGUGCUGAGGGGCUUGAAUACGCCAAGGCCAUCAUCAACUUUAGUCGGAUUGCCUACCGACGCUGCGUGAAUCCCCUCUACGGCAACGAUUUCCUCUUCCACUGCACGCCCCUGGGGCCGGUGAUUGUCUACAAGGGGGAGCGAGGAGAGUACACGUUCAGUGUAAACUUGGCAACGCAGGACCGGAAGCAUGUUUCCAAAGUGACUGCGCCCAUUUACGCCAACAUCAAUGGCGAAACUUAUCGGCUGAACGCCACUUUUAGUCAAACCCCCGAUUGA